AUGCAAAAUGCCGUGUCCUCUUUUAUUAAAUAUGGCGUGCUGACACUUUUCUCUUCAUCCACGCUCAACUCACUUUUUGUGAAUCCAAUCUUCGCGAAACUCUAUGUUGAAUCGAAAAACGAAGACUUCGAAAAAGCGCUAAAAACUGCUGAAAAACCACUUUACGUCCUGACCAAAAAAGUGAAAUGGAUUGCCACCAAGGGCCCCGAUUCUUCGGGAUUACAAAAGCAAGAACGAAGAGAAGGCGAAGAUGAAGAUGAAGACGAAGACGAAGAGAAAGAGAAGAAUCUGACGAUGAUGAAGAUGUCGAAGUGA